CAGAGACAUUCUUUGGUACUGUUUGUCUUCUGACUCGGGCAUCUUUCAGGAAGAAAGAAGGGAAGAAAGGAAGGGUUUUUGCGCAUCCCCUCUUCGUCCCUCGCGCCCCUCGGUCGGGAUCCAUCGAAGAUGCAGCUCACCGUGGAGUUCGGAGGGGGACUGGAGCUUCUGUGUAAUUCUGUGAAGAUUCACAACGUCAAUGUUGAAACACCAAAAGGAGCACAACAGUUGGCUAUGAGGGAUCUGCUCGUGUGGGUUCAGAAGAACUUGAUCAAGGAGAGGCCUGAAAUGUUCAUCAAGGGAGACACAGUGAGACCUGGUGUCCUAGUCCUUGUGAACGAUUGUGACUGGGAGCUCAGCGGCCAACUGGAUACCACACUGGAAGAGAAGGAUGUGGUAGUUUUCAUUUCAACUUUACAUGGUGGUUAGUGAGUGCGAUCAGAUGAUUGUUAAAUGAAAAUGGAUGCGAAUGACUACACAAUGCAGUUAAUUGUACCAUAUAUAAGAGCAAUUGGAGAAGAACGAAUAGAGAAGAACAUGAAAGUUUCUUUAUCGAUAUGGAAGUGACUGUAUUUUUUA